UUUGGGCUCUUUACUGAGUUUACCUUUGACUUCGGUCAGAAUUGUUCCGGGUUUCUUUCUCCCACAAGAUGGCAGCGUCUGAAGACGACUUACUGCUGCCGCGGCUUCCGGAGCUCUUCGAAACCAGCAAAAAAUUUCUGGAGGAAGUGGAAGUAGCAACUGAACCCUCCGGCUCCCGGACAAUCCAGGAUAAGGUGUCCAAAGGACUGGACCUCCUUGCGAAGGCUUCUGGAAUGUUAUUGGAACUUGAUUUGUUCAGCCGCAAUGAAGAUUUGGAAGAGAUUGCUUCCACCGACCUGAAGUACCUGAUGGUGCCAGCGUUGCAAGGAGCUCUCACCAUGAAACAAGUCAACCCCAGCAAGCGUCUAGAUCAUUUGCAGCGGGCUCGAGAACACUUCCUAAAUUUCUUAACUCAGUGUCAUUGCUAUCAUGUGGCAGAGUUUCAACUACCCCAAACCAAGAAUAACUCAGCUGAAAAUAACACUGCUAGCACCUCCAUGGCCUAUCCAAAUCUCGUUGCUAUGGCAUCUCAAAGACAGGCUAAAAUAGAGAGGUGGGUCAAUGACUGUAAUUUGAGGGCUGCAGUGCUGUUGGGGUGCAUGUGUUUGUGUGUGUGUGUGUGAGUGUGUGUGUGUGUGUGUGUGUGUGUGUGCUGCAGAAUGGUGUAUGCCAUUCUCAUGGUUCUUUAUUGAACAUAGGCCAUGGUAAAAGCAAACUUUCCAGAGUCUUGAGAAGCCUCUGCCAUUGUUGAGGGGGUUAUACCUAAACUGCAGGAUUUCCACACCCCCCAGCACACACCUUAUAGUUGCCGAUAGUAGCGGUGUUUACUAUACUGACCUUUGGGAUUAGCAAAGUAUAUCCUGACUUUUUCCAUGUCCGUACAUAUGCUGUCUGUGUGGGGUAAAUAUCACAGAUGUAGAAAGUAUUCUGUUCUAUUUAUUGAACAGUUCUCUUCAGGAGUACAAGCUGAGAUGUGUAAUGUCCUUAAUUAUAGUCCUGGUAGAGCGUCGUGUGACCUUAAUAUUGUUUAUUCUUAGAUUUAAAAAAAUUCAGUGAUGGUCUACAAGAGCUAGUUCCAGGACAGGCUCAAAAACCACAGAGAAACCCUGUCUCGAAAAAACCAAAAAAAAAAAAAAAAAAAAAAUUCAGUGAAUGCUCAGUGUCUAAGAACAAAGUUAAGCACUGGGGAUGCAACCUGUUUGGGUGUUUGUAUGAAUGUGGGUGAUCACUGUGCUCUGGUGUGGGCAGGUGGCAUAGAAACAGUGCGAGUAUAAGAUGGUACGAGGAGAGAUGCAUGGGCGCUCUGAAGAAAGAGGUCCAGGGAACAAGGGAGAAGAGCAGGCUCCCAGCAAAGGGAAUUUCUGUUCUGAGGUGGAAAUGUUAGCCCGAGGAAGGAGAGAGGAGGGGUUAGCCCAACAAAGUAACGGUGUCAUUCAAGCCACAAAGGCAUUAGAUAAACAGUAUUGGAGCGGGGCUGUGUGGAAAGAGAAAAAGCGUCCCCUCCCAAGCAGCAAAAUAAGGCUAGAGCAAAAUGGUGGUGGGGAGUGGGCAGAAGAGUGGGGCUCACAUCAGAGAGAGUUUGGGAUGUGAUGGGGAAGGAGCAAGCUUGAGAGGGCGUUUGAGUCCCGGCUCCAUCAUUAGUUACUCCGGGAUUUGGGGCAAAUCACUUCAUUUUCCCAGGUCUAAAAUUGAGAUAAUAAGUCCCUUUUCAUAGACUAUUUUAUGGAAGACUAACAGACAUACAUAUAAAGCUCUUAGUGCAGCUCAGUGGCUGGCACAGUAGGCAUUCACGGUCAGGUGGAGUUAUAUAUUUGUGGUUAAAAGUAAGAUCACAGAAUCGGAGCUCUGGGUUUGAGUGUCAGCUUUCCUUACGGAUCAUUGGACUUUGGGGUAAGUUAUUUAGCCUAUCUAAGCCUCAGGUUCAGUCCUAUGUGAAAUUAAAUAACAAUGGUCCCAGUUUAAUAUGGUGAAGAAGCAGAAAUUGGCUCAGCACCCAUGAGUAAAUAGACAGCAAAGUUGGGUUAUAAAUAAAAAAUAAAAGGACAAGGAGUUGGAGGGGGAGUUAGAGUGAAUCUGGGAGGAGUUGGGGGUGAAUAUGAUCAAAAUACACAGUAUGUGUGUAUGAAAUUCUGAAAUAUUUCGUAAAAAUAAAUUUAAGUUAUAAAGUAAAUCAGGAUGGGGAGAGUGUAAAAUCGGUACUGUGGCAUAUUGAGUUUGCAGUACCUACAAGACAUCUCUGUAGAGAUGUCUGACAGAAUGAAGCUCAGAGAGGUCAGGCUUGGACUUUAGAAGGUUGAGAAUUAGGCUAUUUGACAAAUAGUUAUGAAGCCUUUCAUGAAUGCCGGGGACUGUUCUGGAUAUUAGAAAACCAGCCAAAGUCAGCGCAGUUGCGCAGCUUUGAUUGUGGUAGACACAGACAGUGAGCUGGUAGAUACAGUCAGCCGAGCACCCAAAAGGCACCAGUGUUGAUUCAUGGCACAUGUGCACACAGAAAUACGCAGAAAACAGAGGAGAGGAAAAUUGGAAUUUCUCAAGUUCGGGUGCUAAGGGUAUGAAGAGUAAUAAAAUGUAGGUAGGGAACAGUUAAGUCACAGGGAAUGAUUUUUCAAAACCGUGGGCUAGACUGAGACAAAAUGGAUUCCAGAACCCUCUCUCUGACACUGUGGACUGGCCGCCCAUAGGCAUAGAUCAGAAGCUAAGGCAGUGACGUUUGUGUCCCGACAAUUACCCCCAGAAAAAAGCAGAAGAGAUGGAGAGAGGUAAGGGAGUGACACGAGCUGGCUGGAGGAUGAGGCAAAGGUUCAGAACACAGUGGCCUGGGAGAUGAAAGAUCUCUAAAAAUAGAAGCUGUAGACUUCCUGAAUGUGAAAGCAAUACUACACAUUGUUGAAAAAUUUGCAAAACAUUUUUAAAUCAAAAAUAAGCCUUAAUCUCAGCGUUCGUAGAUGUCAUUGUUAACUUUCUGCUGUAUUUUCGUUCAGACAUAUAGUUAUUUUAGUUAAUAAAUUAUGAACAAUACUGUAAAUGCAGCUUUUUAUCCUGGUUUUAAAACACUAAUAUUGUGAGCAUUUCCCCUGUCAUUUGAAGCCAUAUUUGAUGGUUUUGUAAUAUUCUAUUCUAUAGUUGUACCAUAAUCACUUAAACUAUUAUUGUCAAGUUUUUAGAUCCUGUUUUGUUUUGUUAGCUUGCAUUUGGGGGUAUGGUUUUGCUUGUUGUUUGUUUUGUUUUUGAUGUGUGUGUGUGAUUCUAAGUGAUGCUAUGAACAAACAUUUGUACUCCUUUGGUUACUGUUUGCUUGGAAUAGAUUCCUCUAUUUUAAGACUCUUGAUGUGUGGCAACAAUAUUGCCCUCCACAAGAAUGAAGUCUUAAAGUAUUUCCCAUUUCACAAG